AUGACAAGAAUUUGGUUUAUCACUGGUUCUUCGCGCGGUCUUGGUCUAUCCAUCACCGAAGCUGCUCUGGACAAUGGCGACUCUGUAAUUGCAACCGCUCGCAAGCCAGAGCAGCUUAAUCAUCUUCUGGAGAAGUAUGGCAGCGAUCGAGUCCUGCCCAUGGCUCUUGAUGUUACCAACAAUGACCAAGUCCUCCAAGCCGUCAAGGCAGGUCAUGAUAAAUUCGGCCGCAUCGAUGUGGUCAUCAACAAUGCAGGAUAUGCCAACACUGUUUCUGUUGAGGAUAUUGAUAUUGAAGACUUUCGUACCCAGGUUGACGCCAAUCUCUUGGGUGUAGUCUAUGUCUCCAAGGCGGUGCUCCCGAUCCUGCGUCAGCAAAAGUCUGGCCACAUUUUCCAAGUGUCCUCUGUCGGUGGGCGUAUUGGCGCCCCUGGUCUAUCGGCCUACCAGUGUGCGAAGUGGGGAGUUGGUGGUUUCUCAACGGUACUGGCCCAGGAAGUUGCAUCUCUCGGCAUCAAGGUCACCGUGCUCGAGCCUGGUGGCAUCCGAACCGACUGGGCCGGUUCAUCUAUGCAGACUCCUGCAGUGAGCGAGCCCUAUCAGCCAAGUGUGGGUGCAUUUGUCGAAUUCCUGCGCAAGUCUUCUGGAAAGGAGCCUUCCAUUCCAAGCAAGAUCGCCGACAUCGUGCUCAAGCUAUUGGAAGAGAAGGAACCCCCUUUGCGUCUUUUGAUUGGUCCUGAUGCUGUUGAGCAUGCAGGCAAGGCGGCUCAGGCGCUUGCUGCUUCCGACAAGCAGUGGCAGGAACUAAGUCUUUCUUCGGUCUGA